CAAUAAUUGGGUUUAAUUUGCUGCUUUUUACGCUACAGAAGAGUCGAGGAGGCGUCAGAGAUCAGUGAAACGUCUUCCAGACAGUGCACUCAAUAGUUUCCAACAUGCGUCUGGUGAUUUUGGACACGACGGAAUGCGUGGGCGAAUGGUCGGCGAGGUAUGUGAUGAAGAGGAUCAAUGAUUUCCACCCGGGACCAGACAAGUACUUCGUCCUGGGCCUGCCCACGGGCAGCACGCCGCUCAUAAUGUAUAAGAAGCUGAUAGAAUUCCAUCAGCAAGGCAAGAUUUCCUUCAAGUACGUCAAGACAUUCAACAUGGACGAGUAUGUGGACCUGCCGAGGGAGCAUCCGGAGUCCUAUCACUACUACAUGUUCAACAACUUCUUCAAGCACAUCGAUAUUGACCCCAAGAAUGUGCACAUCCUCGAUGGAAACGCCCCCGAUUUGGCAAAGGAGUGCCACAAGUUCGAGGAGGAGAUCACAGCUGCGGGCGGAGUGGAACUCUUCAUCGGCGGCAUCGGUCCUGAUGGACACAUCGCCUUCAAUGAGCCCGGUUCUUCUCUGGUCUCGCGGACUCGCGUGAAGACACUCGCUCAGGACACUCUGGAGGCCAAUGCGCGCUUCUUUGGCCACGACAUAAACAAAGUGCCCAAACAGGCGCUGACGGUUGGCGUGGCGACUGUGAUGGAUGCCAAGGAGGUGAUGAUUCUCGUCACGGGAGCUCACAAGGCCUUCGCUCUCUACAAGGCGAUCGAGGAGGGAGUGAAUCAUAUGUGGACUGUGAGCGCCUUCCAACAGCAUCCCAAUACUCUCAUGCUCUGCGAUGAGGACGCAACUCUGGAGUUGCGCGUGAAGACGGUCAAGUACUUUAAGGCAUUGAGUGAUCUUCAUAACAAACUUAUCGCCAAUGAGGGCAGGAAUCGCCGUGGACAAUCUUAGAGGAUUUUGUGUGGGCCUCUAUAACGUGCACAAGAAGUUGAUUGAAGACUCAUAGUGAAGAUGGAGCAGAAGUGCGCUGAAUGGACAAUUAGGUAUAAAUAUUACUCAAGGUGUUAGAUAAU